CCAGUGAUGCCUGCCUUGCCCGAACAACCCUAGUACCAUCUAACAUCCACGGAUCGCCGCCACCUCUCCUCUAGGACCGACAAAGUCCGCCGGUCCUAACCUCCUGACCCCGCCUUGCCGUGGGCGCUGGCGUUGGGGAGACCUGCUCCGGCGUUAUUCCUCCACAGCGGCCACCUAGCACGACGGGUCGACGAGCAGGGUUGUCACCGGAUCUGGCGACUCCAAGAAUGACCGCCAGCGGAUCUGGUGAGUCAUGAAGCCCACGACCAGAUGUGUCCACCCCCGAGAUUUCAAGCCGGUUUAAAUCGAGAGAGGUUGAUCCUUUUAAAUGCAUGCUUGUACUACGUGUGUGAAAUGAGAGACUCGCCUGUGUCUCAAUCGUAUGCUUAAAGCGAGUGGCAUGGCUGAAAUCAUGUGGGUGGGCUCCAGCUAUUUAAAUAGAGUGGCUUCAAUGAAGAAAACAGUAAAAUAUAAAGAUACAACAAAGGACAGCUUUUGAGUUGGCAGGAUUCUACUGGUCAGGGAACCUGCGAGUCAUGGAUUCCGACGUCGUCGCUAUCUCUCGAGAGUCAAACUCCUCAUCUGAUGAUGCCAUCCGGCUCAGGGUACAGAGCAUCGACGGCAAGAUGACCGUGGUCGUGGCGGGUCCACGGGACACUUUAGGGGAGGUGCUCGGUCGCUUCGUGGACGUGGGACCCAGGAGGAGAAGCGACCUCCACGCCGUGCACGAGUGUCGGAACCUCCACCUUUAGGCGAAGAUCGGCGAGCUCGGCCUCCCGCGGGACGCCACUUUGCACUUAACCCGAUAUCCCGACGCAUGGAGCCUCGCAUCUCAGAUUGCCGCGGCGGCAACAACCGACACGGACAUCUCUAACGAAAGUGCCGAGUUGUUCAAGAGGUUCAUACACGACGGCCAAGUCCAAAUUCAUCCACUGGCGUGGCAUCUCGGUGUCCCCAACUGCUCACCAUGGACGGACUUUGAGCAUGUCACCAAGAUGCUUUACACCAGAGACAUCGUCCUGCUCGUCAAGAAGUUCCUCGCCGGCGCCAAAGCCACCAACCAGAGACAAGCAGGGACGGCCGUGGAGUACCUCGACGUCCUCCUCCGCAGCGGAGUCAUCGGGGUUCUGGUCCGCCUCUACUCCUCCGGCUCUAUGCCGCAUCACUUGAGAGCCAAUUCGGCGAUCACCUGCCUCCUGUAUCCGGAGAUAAGCGGCAUACUACCUCGCCUUGAGGUGAGCUUUCUCCCACUCUGGUUGGAGUUGUGUCGGUUGAUACCCGCCGCCUCCGGCAAAGGCAGAAGCGACCAGCUCUACGAGAAGUGCAGGCACAGGCUGGCGGCAGUGCUCUCUUUGUUCGAGCGGACGCCGUCGCUACGCAUGCCGAAGAUGCCUCAAGAGUGGUUGAUCGAGCAGUUAAUACCAAUUGCCAAAGACGCGACGGAGGUGAUCAUUCGCUACAUGGCAGCAGGGUGGGCGGCCCCGGAUGACAAGCUCUUUGUGUUCAGAGUAUUCUUUGCACUGAUGUGCUACUUCCGGCGCCGGGAGGUUUACGCGCAACGCACGGACGGUCCUGUGGGAGCGGUGCUGUCCCGGACGGCGAUGUACCUGCUGAUUUCGGUCGACGCAUUCAUGACGAGGUUGGAGGGAGCCUCGCCGAGGUCGAGUUUGGCGACCAAGGAGCAACACCAGCAGGACGCGACUCACAACAUCUUGCCGGGUUUGGCGACCUUGGAGCAGCACCAGCAGGAUAUGGUUGACAGCAUCUGGGUGGUGCUCGGCCAACUGGAUAUGUGGUCUGUGACGGACCGCCACUUCGCCGGCGCCAUCUGGGCCACCUGCACGGCGCACGCGGGGUACCUGAAUGCGCUCGUGCUCGGCACCAGCGCCGACAGGAGCCGGUGCAAGGACAUCGGCCGGAUUGUCGUCAAGCACAAGGACCUCCUCGGGUUCGAGGUGCGGAUGCAUUUCGCCAGAGCGAUGCUGCCGGAAAUGGACGCAACGUCGUCGGCGCUCAUGCUGUUUGACGAUGAGCCUCAUGCGCUCGAGAUGCUCAUUGAUCGGUCGCAGCUGCUGACCGACUCCCUCAGAUAUGUCUCCGAGGCGGCGAGCCACGUGCUCCAUGGUCGCCUGUUCGUGGAGUUCCUGGACGAGGAGGCCAUUGGCGAGGGGGUAGCAAGGGAGUGGAUCUCCCUGGUGUGCCACGCGCUGUUUGACCCGCGGCACGGCCUCUUCUCGCCCUGUCCGCGUGACCGGCGAAGGUUCUUCCUGAAUCGAGCAUCUGGAGCGGAUCCACUGCAACUGAAGUACUACGAUUUUGCGGGACGGAUGAUCGGACUGGCCCUGAUGCACAACGUCCCGGUGGGGGUUCGGUUUGACCGGACGCUCUUCUUUCAGCUAGCCGGGAGGCCUCUCACCCUGGACGACGUUGCAGACGCAGACCCAAGCACGCAUGCAAGCUGCAAGACAAUCCUAGAGAUGGAUCCUGAUCUCGUCGAUUCAGACGCGCUGGGUCUCACAUUUGCGUGGGAAGUUGGGGUAUUUGGCUCAGGGGAUGUCAUCGAUCUCCUUCCGGGAGGGAGAGAUAUCGCUGUCGAUAGCAAGAACAGAGGCCAGUACAUCGAUCUGCUGAUCCAAAGUCUCUUCAUGGCCAGCACCAAAGAACAACUAACUCAUUUCGCUAAGGGGUUUUCCUACAUGCUCGUAAAGCCGGAGUUACGGAAACUUUUCUUCCUGAGCUUGCAUUUGGAAGAUCUUGACAGUAUGCUGGGCGGGCGCAUCGGCACCAUUGUUGUGCAGGAAUGGAAAGAAUAUACCAGAUAUGAUGGGGGGUACACCCAACAAGAUGAUCAGAUCAACUGGUUCUGGGAGGCCGUGACAAGCAUGAUGGUUGAAGAGCAACGACGAUUGCUCUUCUUCUGGACCUCCGUCGAGUAUCUGCCAUUUGACGGUUUCCGCGGGCUAGACCUUGGCAGUGGUCUAGUCAUAUCAAAAGCAUCAUCGAAGAUCUCGGAGCAUCUCCCUUCAUCGUCCACCUGCAUUUACCAACUGAACCUACCAAUGUAUACCUCCUUCGCCAUGAUGUUGAGCCGGCUACAGAAGAUCACCCAGGAGCAUGUGAGCAACAGCUUUGGUGAGAUAUGAUCUUCGGUGAUGAUCUUCUCCGGGAAAGAACUCAAAAGGUGUUCACAUGCAUUUGCAGACUAAAUUAAGAGUGAAUUUUUGUUUUUCCCCUAAAUUGACAGUUGUGACAUUACUCAUCCCUUUAGUAUAAUUUCAUUCGGUAUAUCCCAUUUAGGAAAA